AUGGCACGUCGAGUGCUCCUGCCCGUGGCAAUUCUCGCGCUGCAGCUUUUCUUUCCGGUCGAUGGCUGCUCGGACUUCCUGCUGUCCGCUGCGGCCACGUCGCAAAGUGUCAUCAGCGGCCGCACUAUGGACUUUGAGGCGGAUUUGGACUCGACGCUCGAGGUGAUCCCGAGAAAUACCCAUUUCCAAGAGUUGCCAGUUUCUGGGUGUCCUGAUUGCCCAGAUUUCGAGUGGCAAAAUAAAUUGGGCUUUGUGGCCGCAAAUGUGUACGGUGUCAAUGUGGCGGCUGACGGACUGAAUGAGGCCGGCCUCUCUGCUGCGUGGCUCUAUCUGGAUGCAACAGAGUACCCAAAUCCCGAGAAUGGGGUCGGCAACUUCAACGUUUCCAAGCCCGUUGUCACUUCAAUUUGUUCCUAUAUUCUGGGCAACUUUGCUACGGUCGACGAGGUGAAAAAGGGUCUUGAAAACGUACAACUCGCAGGGAUUAACGGCCAAGUUGCUCAUAAAGUUCUACACGUACCUAGUCCUGAAGACGGCAAGGCCCAUUCAGCGCCACUUCAUGUCAGUGUGCACGAUCGAAAUGGGAAAAAUUUGGUAAUUGAGUUCUUGCAAGGGAACCCAAUUUUCCAUGAUAACCCAAAUGGGGUACUGACCAAUGAUCCUCCACUUGAAGAGCAACUGGCACUGCUGGAAAAACAUUUGAGCGAGGCUACGGGAACUGUCAAUACCGGAAACUUACUCCCUGGAGGAUACGGAUCAACCGAGAGGUUUCAGAGACUUUCCGUGCUGAACAAGAAGAUUAGUGAGGGGUAUAACGCACCGUCAGUCCAUGCGUCGUACGUUGAAGCGACCGAGGAACAGCGAGCGGUGUCAGAUGCAGUGCAUAUGCUAAAUACGGUGGUGCGACCGCCAAUGGGAGAAGCCACACAGUGGUCUAUUGUGCGGGACCAUAAGCGUCGUAUGCUGUAUAUCCGCUCUACGGCCAACCAGCUACUACGUCGUUGCCACUUCUUGACGACCGCAAUGUGA